AAACUCUGACGUCAGCUCUGGGUAGUGGAGAGUGUAAACGCACACACGUAUUUAGUUGGAAAAAGUUGCCCACUCUCAACUUUCCGUAAAGGAAACGAUUUCAGACGUUUUUUUUCUUCCGGCAUCUCUGCUUGCGAGGGGACAAUGUGCGACAGACACAUGUCCGUGUGUUGACAGCGCAGGACACUCCGUGUGUGUGGUGUAUCCUACAGUUGUGGUUUUCCCUGACUCACAUAUAGAGUGUAGGCUUAAACAGGUAGACCAGGUAGGCUACGGGAGCGAAAUCCGGAAGAACAAGCACAUCUGAUUGUUCCCACUAUUUUUCUCUUACCUUUGCAACUGAACUUCUCCCAAUAACGUAUAUGCAGUUUUGAUAAUUCUUCGGAGAGAGUAGAAGUGUGAAGAUGACGGAACUACCAGUUCACAAGAAAAAUAUGCUGAUUCUAGUUGAUGUUCUCUGUGUGUUUGUCGCGGCCCUUCCGUCCGCGGUCUUGACGUUAAUGUUCAGCCCGUACCAGAGGGGUAUCUACUGUGAUGACGAGAGCAUCAGAUAUCCUUACAGAAGAGACACCAUCUCCCACAGGGCAAUGGCUGCAGUCACCAUCCCCUCCUCCAUAGUCAUAAUAACUACAGGAGAAGCGUACCUGGUGUACUCCAAGCGUCUCCACUCCAACUCUAACUUUAACCAGUAUAUGUCAGCUCUCUACAAGGUGGUGGGGACCUUCCUGUUUGGAGCAGCUGUGAGCCAAUCACUGACUGACCUGGCCAAGUUCACCAUUGGCAGGCCACGCCCUAACUUCCUGUCUGUGUGUAAUCCCACGGUGUGUUCUGGGUACAUGCUGCAACUCAACUGUACCGGCAACCCUCGAAACGUCACUGAGUCCAGAUUGUCGUUUUACUCCGGACACUCUGCCUUCGGGAUGUACAGCAUGCUGUUUCUAGCAUUGUAUGUGCAAGCACGUAUGCAGGGGAAGUGGACUCGUCUGGUCAGACCCACAGUGCAGUUCUUCCUCGUGGCGUUUGCGUUGUACGUUGGAUACACACGGGUUAGCGACUACAAACACCACUGGAGCGACGUACUGGUGGGACUGCUGCAGGGAACUCUCAUCGCUGUGCUCAACGUUUGCUACGUCUCUGAUUUCUUUAAGCUCCGCCCCCCUCCUCGCCGCCCACGAUCCGAGGCGGCUGAAGACGAACACCUAGAGGCCAAACCUGGCCUGGACCCAGACACACAACUACACAACAACCACUACAACUACACAACUACUUCAGCCCGAACUCAGACUAACAACUACACAACAACCACUGCAACUACACAACAACCUCUACACAACAAUCACGGUAACCGUGGGGAAGUGGCGUAGACAGUAAUUUGUUGGUGGGUGGGCCUGCAGAAAUUUGGGUGGGCAAUUAUUUUUAAUUAAAAUGUUUUGUUGUUGGGGAAAGGAGCUAACUUUCUGCAAUGUUGCCAUUGGGCCAAGAGAGAAAUGUACAGUUUUAUAGCUGUUUAUGAAUUCUAUCGGAUGAUGUUUGCAUGCUUAAGUGAAAAGACAACAAAUAAAUAGAGCCCGACCCGUAUUGGAUUUUUGGGUCCGAUACCGAUUUUGGGGGAGGGAAAACUCACAGAUUACUGAUAUCUGUCGAUAUAUUGUUUUUUUAGAGGUUGAAUGAAAAACAGACCAAAUUGUGCUUCAUAGGAUCAACAGAUACUCUAAAUGAUGAUUUCUUAACUAACUAUUAUAGUUAACAUUAUUUAAGAACAUUUUAUUUGUGGUUUUACAAGAGAUCCAGUGAAUACAAAGCUUGUUUAGUUGACUUUCUUAGGUGCAACUUCAAAAUGUCUAUGGCAGUGGAAAAGAGGUAUGAAAAAGUGUUUGUGCUAAACCACCAUAAGGGUGAGUAGAUUUACUCGUGUUUUACAGCAGUCAAAGGUCAUGGAAACAAACACUUUAUGGCAAACUUGCAAUGGGAGUACGUAAUGACAAGCACAAGCUAGCUGUUCAUUACAACAAUGUUUUCUUACAGAAACCAUAUUUACAUAACACUGUUAUUCAAAGAAAAUGUAUUGGCUAUACAUUUCAACUACAAAUGGCAUGCGCUGAUGACUGAAAAUGUUUAUGCAUGUAAAUUCUUGCUGCACUGGUUUUUGUCACACGUUCCAAUUUCGCGAGCUAGCUAACAUUAGCUACUUAUCUCAUAAUGAAGGCAAGCACAUGGCCUGAAUGAUAGACCUGCGCCAACUGUCUUGUUUUUUGCAGAUUGCAUAUUUCAGAAAACGAACUAAAUUAGCCCACUAGCUAACAUAAUAGGCCCUGACAGUAUCGGUCUUCUUUUUGUAUCAAGGACGAGUGUGCACUUUGGCGCCAGUCCAGUGUUGGCACAUACGUAGCACAGAUUGCUAGCUAGGUAGCUAAGUUUCCCACCCAUGCCUACGCCCACCCAUGCCUACGCCCACCCAUGCCUACGCCACUGCCAUGGAGCUGUCUGUGUGAGAGAAGUGUGUAUAUCAGUGUAGGCUCAUUGUAUUGGCUGGAAUGGAAUAAAUGGAACGGUAUCAAACACACGUUUGACUCUGUUCCAUUUAUUCCAGUCCAGCCAUUACAAUGAUCCCGUCCUCCGAUAGCUUCUCCCACCAGCCGCCACUGGUGUGUAUGAGAGGAUGUGUAUAACUACUCACAUGCACAUGCAUUUUAACUUUGUAUUUUAAUACAACGUACUAAAAGUAUGGCGGAUGAAACCGUUUUAGCAGAGAGAAAGACGUACUGUGUAGUUCCCUAGAUUUCAAUUAUGCUAACAGGAAACACUGAAACAACAGUUUUACAUUUUGUUACGAUUCAUUUAUAUUUCCUUUGUGCAGCAGCAUCAACCAGGUCUUCCUGGUGUUUGUAGUUUUUUUUUUGUGUCCUUUUUUUGUUUGUUCCCGCCCACCACCAACCUACCUGAUUUAACUAGUUGUUAAGACCUUGAUUAGCUGAAUCGGGUGGGUUAGUGUGCUCAUCCUGUAGUUCUCCAGGACGGGGGAAGGCCAAUGGUCUGGAGUUCAGUGUUAGGCCUACUGAUACCUAACAUGUCUGUAGAAGACAUGCAUGUACAGUAUAUGGAAUGUAAAACAGUGUUGCAUAGAUAAUUACUUUCUAACUGUUUAUUUCUGUCGUAUCUCUUAAGAUUGUAAUACCACUACUAGCCCACUGUGAUGUUUUUCUUAUGUUAUUGACGCAACUUGUAUUAGUUACUCCAGUUUAUUAUAUAUAAAGCUGUGUAUAACCUGCCUACCUGCGUGUGCACACAGUAGGUCCUGUGAGAUCAUGAUUCCAUGUGCUGCCUUUGAAAUGUUAUUGAUAAUCGUCAGUGUGUCAAUGAUUGAGUCGCUCACUGAGAUGUUCUCUGAAAAACACAUUACACUUCUGCAAAGGGUUAAUAUAUACACUAUAUGACCAAAAGUAUGUGGACACCUGCUCGCCGAACAUCUCAUUCUGAAAUCAUGGGCAUUAAUAUGGAGUUGGUCCUCCCUUUGCUGCUAUAACAGCCUCCGAUCUUCUGGGAAGGCUUUCCACUAGAUGUUGGAACAUUGCUACGGGGACUUGCUUCUAUUCAGCCACCAGCAUUAGUGAGGUUGGGCACUGAUAGGCAAUUAUGCCUGGUUUACAGUCGGUGUUACAAUUAAUCUCAAAGAUGUCCGGUGAAGCGUGAUUUAUCACUCCAGAGAACGUAUUUCCACUGAUCCAGAGUCCAAUUGCGAGCUUUACACCACUCCAGCUGACGCUUGGCAUUGCACAUGGUUAUCUUAGGCUUGUGUGCUGCUGCUCGGCCAUGGAAACACAUUUCAUGAAGCUCCAGACAAACAGUUCUUGUGUUGACGUUGCUUCCAGAGGUGGUUUGGAACUCGGUAGUGAGUGUUGCAACCGAGGACAAGCAGUCCCGUUCUGUGAGCUUGUGUGGCCUACCACUUUGUAGUUGAGCCAUUGUUUCUCCUAGACAUUUCCACUCACAAUAACAGCACUUACAGUUGACUGGGGCAUCUCUAGCAGGGCAGAAAUUUGACGAACUGACUUGUUGAAAUGGUGGCAUCCUAUUACGGUGCCACGUUGAAAGUCACUGAGCUUUUCAGUACAGGUCAUUGUUUGUCUAUGGAGAUUGCAUGACUGGGUGUUCAAUUUAUACACCUGUCAGCACGGGUGUGGCUGAAAUCGCAGAAUCCACUAAUUUGAAGGGGUGUCAACCUACUUUUGGCCAUGUAGUGUAUUUUAUUGUGUUUGUAUCCACACUGUAUUCCUUCAUAAGCUUGUCUGUAACAAACUGUAGCUGCAAUCAAAUGUGUGUAUUUCUUCUUGAUGGAAAAGAGAACUUGAGUUUAUGGAAGUAUUUUUCCUUUAUAAUCUGACAACUCAUGCUGAGACGAAAGUGCAUACAGAACCAUAGAGUUGUAGGAUGUCUUCAACUUCAUGGAUUCAUCCAUGUCAUUCACUAGGACUUUCCCAAUGUUGGUUGGAGUGAGGGCACAUCAGACCCAGUGAUGAAGACACUUGCAUGUUGUCAUAUCUUUAUUUCAAUUUGUUUUGUUUUAUUUCUCUGUGUUGCUUUUUUUUGUAGUUUAUGCAUAAAGAUAAACUAAAUCUCCAUUGUG